AUGUCUAUGUCCCAUUUGUAUGGGCGUAGGGGUGAUGAAGGAGAGGAUGGUGUGGAGAUUGAGAAGUUUGAGGUGUCGGAGGGGGACUUGGCCAACGAGUUCAAUCCGGACAGACGCAGAUACAGACAGACUAAAGAAGAAGCAACUUAUGGGAUUUGGGCAGAGCAGGACUCUGAUGAUGAACGGCCCAGCUUUGGAGGGAAAAGAGCGAAAGACUAUUCCACUCCCGUGAGCUUUGUGAGUGCUGGCCUGCAAGACUGCAGCUGAGGAAAAAGCGAGAGGGAGGGUUCAGAUGAUUCUGAUGCUGAAGAUGCACCUCCUCCACCCCGAGGCUGUGUCCAAAAGCUCCAAACGGGUGGGAGCUUUAAGACAUCCCAGAGGUUUGCAGGUGGCAUCAGAACGGGGCAAGACUUGGGAAACUGGGAGAAACACACACGAGGGAUUGGUCAAAAGCUCUUGCAGAAUGGUUAUGUUCCUGGAAAAGGAUUGGGAAAGAAUGCUCAGGGUAUUGUGAAUCCUAUUGAAGCCAAGUUACGGAAAGAAGGAGCGGUUGGUGCAUGCAGUGAGAGGACCCAGCAGUCACUGCAGGAUCCUGUUGUCGACUCUGAGGAGGAAGAGGAGGAAGAAUUUCAGAAGGAGUUGGGGCAGUGGCGUAAAGAACCUGGAACUGCAAAGAAAAAGCCUAAAUAUUCUUACAGGACAGUGGACGACCUGAAAGCACACGGUACACGGGCCAACAUGAGCAUGAGCAGACCUGCUGGAGAACUGGCUCAGGUCAAGGUGAUCGACAUGACCGGCAGAGAGCAAAAGGUGUAUAACAGUUACAGUCAUAUGAGUCAGAAGCACAGUGUUCCUGAGGAGGCUCCUUUGAGUGUGAGCACACGAGAGCAGAAGAGCUCAGGCUUCGCACUUCCAGAGCUCGAACACAACCUCAAGCUGCUCAUUGAGCUCACAGAGCAAGACAUCCUGCAGAGUGCUCGACUUCUUCAACAUGAGAAGGACACAGUGGUGACUCUGACCCAUGAGAGCGACGCCCUGCAGGUGCGGCUGGCAGAGGAGGAGGAGACUCUUGGUCGGCUGGAGCAGGUGAUGAGUCUGGUAGAGCGUUUUGAAGCAGACGAUAAAGAGGGAGACCCUGCGCUCAGCCUUCAGGAGUGUGCUAAGAUCUUCGAACAGCUGCAGACUGAGUUCUACCAGGAGUAUAAAACUAUGGGUUUGGGAGAUUUAGCUGUAUCCGUUGUUCAUCCUCUGUUGAAAGAAAAACUUCGCAGUUGGGAUCCAUUAAAGGACUGCUCAGAUGGUUUGGAGGAAGUCGGUCAAUGGAGGGCCAUUCUUGAAAGCACACUUUCUCUUCACAGUGGCCCAGACACUUCUAACAUGGACCCCUAUCACAGGUUGAUAUGGGAAGUGUGGGUUCCAGUCAUGAGGACCUGUGUUUCUCAAUGGCAGCCUAGAAAUGUGGGCCCCAUGGUGGACUGUGUGGAGUGCUGGGCUCCUGUAUUACCGCUGUGGAUUCUGGAUCAUGUUUUAGAGCAGCUUAUUUUUCCACGGCUACAGAGAGAGGUCUGUGCUACUGUACUUUUCUUGUGGACAAACUGGAACCCACUGACUGACACAGUGCCCAUUCAUUCAUGGAUUCAUCCCUGGCUACCCCUCAUGCAAACCCGUCUCGAGCCGCUGUAUGCACCCAUCCGUAGUAAACUAGCCCAUGCUCUGCAGCGCUGGCACCCCAGUGAUUCCUCUGCCAGACUCAUUCUGCAACCCUGGAGAGAUGUCUUCACACCCGGCGCCUGGGAGGCCUUCAUGGUCAAAAAUAUUGUCCCCAAACUGGCUCUGUGUUUAGGAGAGCUGGUGGUCAAUCCUCAUCAACAGCUGCUAGAGCCAUUUAACUGGGUGAUGGACUGGGAAUGCAUGCUCUCUGUCUCUUCCAUGGUUGGACUCCUGGAUAAGAAUUUCUUCCCCAAAUGGCUACAGGUGUUGUGCUCUUGGCUCAGUAACAACCCAAAUUACGAGGAGAUCACUAAAUGGUAUUUGGGCUGGAAGGGCUUGUUGUCAGAGAACCUGCUCAGUCACCCACUGGUCAAAGAAAAACUCAAUGAAGCCCUCGACAUCAUGAACCGUGCCGUUGCUUCUGGACUCGGCGGUUAUAUGCAGCCUGGAGCAAGAGAGAACAUUGCAUACCUGAUUCAGACGGAGAGAAGAAAGGAUUUCCAGUGCGAGCUUCAGCCUGAGCGGCGCGAAGUGGAGAACUCUGCCACACGGCCACCAGGAAUGGCAGCGGUGCCAGCAUCUGUACCUACCAACUUUAAAGAUCUAGUCCAGGCCAAGGCUGAGGAGAACGGCAUCGUCUUCAUGCCACUGGUAGCCAAACGGCACAUGGGCAAACAGCUAUUCACAUUUGGCAGAAUAGUCAUCUACAUUGAACGUGGAGUGGUGUUUGUUCAAGGUGAGAAAACCUGGGUUCCAACAUCACUACAGAGUCUUAUUGACAUGGCCAAAUAAGGCGGAGGUUUGAAUAUUUCCGUUUAAUCCAGUUCUGUGUUUGUCUAUCAAUGUAGUUUUAUACCGCUGAAGAAACAGUUUGGAAUAAAUUUGUGCUUUAAAUUAA